CUUAUUUAGGGGGGAUGCCCGGGAAAUUGGCCCACAUACACACACACCUUACCCACAUUUCCGAAGGAACGAGAAUUACAGCACUGCUCUGCUCGACUCUGCUCCGCUUAGUUUUUUUUGGAUGGGUCCUCUUACAUUAGCAGUGGACUCGAAAAGCUCUUGUAUUUUCUCAUCAGAUGCGUCCAAUGGGAAAGCACGGAAUUUACAGUUGGAAACAAAAAGGUUUUUUGCGUCAGUCAGCACAGGAGAAGACAAGCCAUUUGAUUUUUUACGAAUUUUUUUUGAGGGUGUUAUAGCAGGAGGGACAGCUGGAGUUGUUGUUGAAACAGCUCUAUACCCAAUUGAUACAAUAAAGACGCGACUUCAGGCAGCUCGUGGUGGGGGAGAAAUAAUUUUGAAGGGGCUUUAUUCUGGACUGGCUGGAAAUCUUGUUGGAGUUCUACCGGCUUCUGCAAUGUUUGUUGGUGUUUAUGAACCAGCAAAGCAAAAAUUGUUGAAGAUUUUCCCUGACAAUCUUAGUGUUGUAGCUCAUUUGACUGCAGGUGCCAUUGGAGGGCUUGCUGCUUCUCUCAUCCGUGUUCCAACUGAGGUUGUUAAGCAAAGGAUGCAGACCAGCCAAUUUGCUUCGGCUCCAAAUGCUGUUCGUGCUAUUGUUUCAAGGGAGGGUUUCAAAGGUCUCUAUGCGGGUUAUGGAUCAUUUCUACUGCGUGAUUUGCCAUUUGACGCGAUCCAGUUCUGCAUAUAUGAGCAGCUUCGGAUAGGUUAUAAGCUGGCGGCAAAUAGAGAUCUGAAUGAUCCUGAGAAUGCUGUCAUUGGUGCUUUCGCUGGUGCAUUAACAGGGGCUAUAACUACACCCCUUGAUGUGAUUAAGACUAGGUUAAUGGUUCAGGGAUCUGCAAACCAGUACAAAGGGAUCUUUGAUUGUGUUGAAACUAUCGUCAGGGAAGAAGGUCCUCCUGCUCUGUUGAAGGGCAUUGGGCCAAGAGUAUUGUGGAUAGGCAUUGGCGGUUCAAUAUUCUUUGGUGUUCUUGAAAGUACAAAGCGAUUUCUUGCCCAAAGGCGUCCAGUUCAUCAUGCGGACUCCUCAAAGAAGGAUUAAAAUUUGGCUGAAUUCCAGGAGCAUAUGUACUUCAGAUAUUAAAUUAUUCAGGAACAUUCUUUUCUAUUUUUGUUAUAUUUCUUUAUCCUGGGGCCAUUUUUGUAGGAUCAGAAUGUUCAGCGAACAAAAAACCCAAGGUUCACACUGAAUGUUGAAGAUUUAAAAGUGUUCUGAAACUCAUAGGAAGUCAAUCCGAUGAAAUUUGUAGGAAAAUGGGCUUUAGUUAUCUACUCUUAGGCCAUGUUUUAUUUGCAUGUGGGACUACUAAUUCUGAGUUCU